AUGCAUGCUCCACAAAGAGACCAACCCCUCUUCCUGUAUGUUAUUUCUACACCUCGAUCCAUUGGGGCACUGCUCGCACAGGAGAUUGAUAAUCAAGAACGCCCGAUUUAUUACAUUAGUCGUUUGAUCCAUGACGCUGAAAAACGGUAUUCCCUUAUUGAAAAGCAUUGUCUCGCCUUGGUCUUUGCUGCGCACAAAUUCCGGCACUACUUCCUCGCCCAUCGCAUCAUUCUCAUCACUAAAUGUGAUCCCUACAGGAAUCUUCUUUCUAAACCUAUGCUUACAGGCAAGGCCACACGAUGGCUUCUAUCCUUAGCAGAAUUUGACAUCACCUACCAACAACUGAAGGCCAUUAAAAGUCAGGCUCUCGCGGAUUUACUCGCUCAAUUCCCCAACGCAGCUCAUGAGUCGGUGGAUGAACAGUUAUCUCUUGAUGACCUGCAGGUCGCCUCUCUCGAGCAAGCUCAAGAAUGGCAUUUGUCUUUUGACGGUUCUUCCACCACAAAAGGCGAAGGCGCGGGCAUUGUGCUCUUCUGCCUGACCCUCACCUCCACCGCUGUUGUCAAACUUGACUUCAAGUGCAUUAACAACGAAGCUGAAUAUGAAGCACUCAUCCUGGGGCUAUUAACAGCACUCGAUAAGCAAGUCUCUCGGUUGUGCAUCGAUGGCGAUUCAAAGUUGAUUGUCAAACAGACUUCAGGUGAGUUUGCAAUUCGAGAGCCCUUUUUGGCCUCGUAUCGCAUAAUAAUUCAAAAGCUUCUCUCUCGAUUCACCACCGUUCAUUUGGCUCAUAUCUCUCGAUCUGUCAAUCGAUAUUCCGAUGCUCUUGCUACGCUUGCCUCCAAACUUGACAUCUCUGGCCCCGCACAACAAAUUACUGUUCAUAAACAAACACAGCCUGCCAUCGCCAGUUUGCUCCCUCUUGAAGAUAUCACUGAUUGGCGUCGCCCAAUUAUCGAUUAA